AUGGCUCUGCUCGCACUCCCUCUCCUAACGGCCUUAGCUGCCGUUGGAUAUGUCAUUUUCCAGCUAGUCUACAACCUCUACUUCCACAGCUUACGCGACUACCCAGGCCCCCUACUAUGGAGAGCAAGCUCCCUUCCCUGGAAGCUGACGCUGCUGCGCGGGACAAUGCACCACGACCUGAUGCGCCACCACCAGAAAUACGGUGACACCGUACGCAUCAAGCCGGACGAGAUCAGCUUCGCCAAUGCGCAGGCCUGGCGAGACAUUCACGCCCACGUCCCUGGACGGCCUGAGUUUCUCAAAGACCCGAUCCGCCUCCCACUCGCUCCGAAUGGGGUGAUGAGUAUCCUUGUCUCUGACACGCGCAACCAUGCACGGUUCCGCAGCCUGUUUGGGCACGCCUUUAGUGAUAAGGGGCUGCGUGCGCAGGAGCCGACGAUUGUGCAGUACGCGGAUCUGCUUGUGGAGGUCCUUCGCGAGGUGGCUGACACCGGGGAUUCGGUCGAAAUGGUGCGGUACUUCAAUAUGGCGAUCUUUGAUUCCAUCGGGGCGCUGUCUUUCGGGGAAUCCUUCGAUAGUCUGAAGAACCGCGAGCUGCAUCCGUGGGUUGAUACGAUCCACAAGAACCUUAAGAGCGUCGCGAUAUCGCAUGUUCUGCGCAGUAUGGGCGUUGAGUUCCUGACACCCUAUGUCAUGCCAAAGGAACUCCGCGGGAAGAGACAGGAGAACUACAGCUACGCCAUCGAGAAGCUGAAGAAGCGCAUGCAGAAGACCGGCGACCAGGGCGACUUUUGGGACCGGGUCAUAGUCAAGAGCGCAGACGGAAAUCAAACGGGCGACGGGAUGAGUCCGGGAGAGAUGCUCAACAAUGCCGCCGUCAUGGUCGUUGCGGGCUCGGAGACAACCUCCUCUGCACUUUGUGGCUGUUCCUAUCUGCUCUGUAGCUCUGGCAAGUUGGGUAAAGCCGUUGCCGAGAUUCGGAAUGCCUUUGAGGCGUCUGACCAGAUUGAUCUGCUUUCCGUUUCUCGCCUGCCCUAUCUCUCGGCGGUGAUUGAUGAGACUCUUCGCAUGUAUCCCUCCGUGCCUGGCCAGCCUCCUCGUGUUGUUCCAGACGGUGGUGCGACCAUAUGCGGUCGAUUUGUACCUGCUGAGACUCGCGUCGGAGUCAGCCACCUCGGGGCAUACUACGCUAAUUACAACUUUUCCCAUGCGGACAAGUUCAUCCCUGAGCGGCACUUGCAGAAGGCAGAAGAGCCGUACAAGUAUGAUAACUACGGGGCGUAUCAACCCUGGUCUGUAGGGGUUCGCAACUGCAUCGGCAGAAAUUUAGCCUAUGCUGAGGUGAGACUCACCCUGGCGAAGUUGCUGUGGCAUUUCGAUAUUACAUUGGACAAGGAGAAGACAGGCGAAUUUCUGGACCAGAAGAUAUGGUCUAUAUGGGCAAAGCGAGAGCUGUAUAUGUCAUUCAAGACGCGGGAGUGA